AUGAUAUAUAACCCUUCAGAUGACUACGACCUUAUGUUGGCCCAGAAUUCAGGGUUGGGCCAGCUCUUGCACGACCAAGUGCGGCGAACCCCCAAUGCCAUUGCAGUGGUUGACGGCUCUUUGAGCCUAACCUACCUUAAACUCCAUAUUAAAUCCCUUGAAAUUGCUAAUGAGCUUCGGAAUAGCCACAUCUUUGCUCGAGAAGAACCGGUGGGGAUAGUGGUUCGUCAUGGCAUUUGGGACGUCGUCGCCCAGGUCGCGAUCAUCUAUGCAGGUGGCACUUGUGCAACUAUGGAUCCCACGCUCCCUGCAAGCCAAAUCCAGGCUCGCCUACAACGCAUAGGCGCUCAAUCUGUCCUGGUGGACGCUGCCAAUUCUCAUCGACCGGAGCUCCAAUUCGCUUUCCACCAGAUUAUCGUGAACGCAGAGCCACACCCAUCGUCGACAUUCGAGGUUUCGACAACUUCGGCACAACAAACAACGGAAAUAACACUAGCCUCGCCGUUUCCUAUUCUCACUGAUACCGAGCACCGGUCGCAUAUUAUACAUACUUCCGGCACAACAAGCGAGCCCAAGGCAGUUGCGAUAGCUACCCGCUCUGUUCUGGAGGUGGUGUAUCAUGCACCAUUUGAACCUCUGCAUGCAACUGAUGUUGUUGCACAUGUCAACAACACCACAUUUGACGUGGCUCUCUUUGACAUCUGGGCCCCUUUGCUUCGAGGCGCUCGGAUUGUUGUACUUCCCAAAUCAGUACUCCUCGAUAUGCCUCUCAUGUCAGAGCAGAUAGACAAGCUGGGGAUCACGGUCAUGGCCACAACGACGGCGUUACUCAACCUAGCGGCCACCACAUUUCCCCAAGCCUUUUCGAAGCUUCGCAUGUGUUGGAUAGGUGGCGAGGCGGCAAAUAUGAAGGCCGUAAAACAAAUCUUCGACUAUGGUCCACCAGACAUCCUCAUUAACGCAUAUGGACCCACUGAGUGCUGCGUUCUUUGCCUCGCUCAUCAAAUUACUAUUGAUGAUGUCAAUGCUGGAAGAGUCAGUAUCGGCAAGCCAAUUGGAAGAACGACAGCUUAUAUAUGCUCCCACGAGACCGGCGACCCGGUGGCUGAUGGCGAACCAGGGGAACUUUGGAUUGCCGGCCCCGGAGUCUCUCCUGGUUAUUUGAACCAGAACGAGAAAAAUUCGAAAGCCUUCGUCUACGUAAAUCAGAUUGGCAACGAUGGCAAAGCCACCCAGGUCCGCAUGUAUCGCACCGGCGACUUGGUACGAAGAUCCCCAGAGAACGGGGAAAUUCAUUUCCUCGGUCGGGCAGACAACCAAGUCAAGAUUCGUGGAUAUCGAAUAGAGCUGGAGGCUGUCGAAGCAGCACUUAGAAAAACAGGGCAAUUUUCCGAUGUUGCAGCUCUCAAAGUCGAUGCGUCCCAAGAUGGGGCCAACUCAUUGCUCGUGGCGUAUGCAGUUGCCGUCUCACCUGAGCUGGUGUCGAUUUCACAGGCAACCGAUAUGGUGCGCAGCCUUCUGCCAGAUUACAUGGUCCCCCGGAUAGAACUUAUCGAACGGAUGCCUUUAAAUGCACAUGCCAAGAUCGACCGCAAGCAAUUGGCUCUAUUUUAUUGCCAACGAUGGAAUGAGCGGAAACCCGUGCAACCUAUUGCCAAAUCUGAUUUCGAGUAUCCAGUGGAGGAGGAUGUCAAGGCCAACACCACGCGCGACCGCUUGGAAAGUCUCUGGGCCAACAUCCUGGGUUCACCAGAUGCCAGUAUCUAUUGCGACUCGGAUCAUUUCUUUGAGCUAGGAGGCACCUCCCUACAGGCGUCGCUUUUGAUCAGUCAGAUCCGUGCCGUGUUCAAGUGCGAAAUCUCUCUGUUGGCACUAUAUGACAACCCUACUCUGAGCGCUCUAUCGGCUACAAUCGACAAAGCACAGGUAAAGGCCCUGACAGCAGUUCGAAAUGAGCGCGAUAUUUGGGUUGCCGAUACUCAUAUUGCAGAUCAUCUUCCCACCCCUGCAUCCGCGCGGCUUGUGGACUGGUGCCGAGAUACUGAGGGCCGGGUUUUUCUCACCGGUGCGACUGGAUUUGUCGGUGCUUUCAUGCUCGUCGAUUUGCUGAAGAUGAAGGAGGUCCGCCAGGUGGGUUGUCUAGUUCGGGCAACAAGCCCCGCUGUUGGGCUACAGCGAAUUAAGGCUGGCAUGGAAAAGUACGGGCUUUGGGAAGAUUGCUUCCAAGAUAAACUUCUGGCACUCCCUGGGCUUUUGGAGGAUCCAUGGUUGGGAAUGAGUCCUGAGAGAUUCGAGGAAAUCGCGAAUUGGGCGAGUGUGAUCUUCCACCUAGGUGCUCGCGUCAACUACACCCAGCCCUACUCGUUACACCGCCCGGCCAAUACUCUGGGAACGCUCCACAUAAUGAAGCUUGCGAUUACAGGCCGCCUGAAGCCAAUGCACUAUGUCUCUAGUAUCUCGUGUUUUGGCCCAACAGGAAUGUUCAUUGGGACACGACGGGUAUUGGAGGAUGAAUGCUUGAUGAAGCAUGUGGAUGCCCUGCCAUAUGAUCACGGCUAUGCACAAAGCCAAUGGGUCGUGGAGCAACUUCUACGUCGAUUGAUUGAACGAGGAUUCCCAAUCGCAGUUUAUCGCCCGGGCUUUAUUACUGGACACAGUCAGACGGGGGUUUGCAACCCGGACGAUUUCUUCAGCCGACUAAUACUGGCUUGUGCGCAGAUGGGCUGUUAUCCUCAAUUGCCAAACCAGCGGAAGGAGUUUGUACCCGUCGAUUAUGUCAACGCCAUCAUCGUGCAAAUAGCCAAAUUGUCCUCCUCCCCGUCAACAGGCAGCCAAUUGCUUGGACAUGCGUAUCAUAUCGUCCCUCCGAAUCCAGAUGUGUCUAUUGACAUGGACGACACCAUGGAACUUGUCGGCCAGGCUACCGACACAGGGUUGAUCAUCAAAGUCAGUUACCAAGAUUGGAUUGAGAAGCUGGCCAGGACACCUCCGCUGCCUUUGCAGCCGUUGCAGCCCAUGCUUGCUGAGAUUGUCUACAAGGGGAUGACCCGGUGGGAGUUAUAUGAGAACAUGCCGGUAUACGACCAAACAAACGUUGAGCAGGCCCUGGGAAUUACCGCACCUCAGUUUCCUGCGAUGGAUGGGACUUUAAUAGGUAGAUACAUGCAUCACUUGAAGACGGUCGCUUAG